GGGCUAUAGACAGCUAGACACAACAAACGGGUCGUGCAAAUAGUGGUUGAGGCUCGCAGGCUGUCUGCUGGAGGACUUCGCGUUUCGCGAGUCACAUUUACUCGCGUAAAAGCGUAAUUUUGUCAAUGUUUCUUAGACUAUCACUAACAUGAAACUUCCAACUGUGAAUUUCAAUAUUCAUCGAGUGUAUGGUGGACUGAGCAAGUUACGUUGGGGUGAUCAUUCUAUUUGGAACAAGAGUCAUAGUCCAUCUGCUGAAAGAUGUUUACAUGUUUCAAGCAAAGACUAUGGUGGUACUAUUUGGGAACCUGACCGAAGAGGUGGUUCUGAAUUUCACAGAGAAGACCCGAAUCCUAUGAGUAACAAGGAACACCUCAAGAGAGGUGCAAAAAUGCUUAUACCCGAAACGAAAAAGAUGAUCACGGAGCUUAAGGAUUACUUUUCUCAAGACCCCCCAAAGUGCUGGUAUCCUCAAGACGGUGUUGUUGACAAGUAUUUUGAAUUUGGUAGUCCUGAAAGCGUCGAUAACUGGGUUACCACUUGUGACAGUGACUGGGAUCAAGGCUAUUCGACUGCCAAUGUCACCAUUUCACCAUCUGGGACAGGAAUAUUUUCAGGAAACAUAAGUACCCGAAUACCUAAAACAGGCCAAGUUCACAUUGCUGGGUACGCCAACCUGCGAUUUGUUCCUCCCCAUCGUUCGUUUUAUCGUGAAUCAACAUACAUGUUUGCUGCAUACACCCAUUUGGCUUUGAGGAUCAGAGGUGAUGGUAGAACAUACAUGGUCAAUCUUCACCCUCAUACCAUGUUUGAUCUUAAUUUUAUGGAUUUGCAUUCUUAUGUCCUGCAUACGAGAGGAGGCCCAUAUUGGCAAGAAACAUUGAUACCUUUCUCAAAAUUCUUCAUACAUCACAAAGGACGAAUGCACGAUCAGCAAUACCCUAUCGAGCUACAGGAAGUGAGAAACUUCAGCAUUACUCUUAUGGAUCAGAAUGAGGGUCCUUUCAGUCUAGAAAUAGAUUAUGUGGGUUGUAUUAAAGAUGAAAACCACAAUGAAGAAUUUGCGUAUGAGCAAUAUUACGUUGGACGAUGGAUGGCCAGCAAUUAAAAGUUUAUCUCAAGUCUUUAAUCAGUUUGUAAAUAGGCUUCAUCUCCAUUGGGUUUUCAUGACAUUUAAAAAUAUUUUCUUGCCUGUGAUAUUAAGAAAUCAAAGUCACAACAAACAAAAAAAUCAGUGGCAUGAAAAAUGUUGUUGGCAUUCUUUAAAAUGAUUUAAUUACUUUAAUGUUGGUCACAUGUAUAAUAAACUCUUCUAAUGCUAAGAAAUAAAUAAAUGUCAAGUAAGAACU